AUGUUCACCAUGUCUCACCAUACAUACGCCUACGCGGCAGCACCCGCGCUGCCGCCGCCGAGGCAGUUCUCAGGCCACGGCACCAGCAGUGCAUUCAGCAGCUCGGCCAAUCCUGACGAGGACUGGACCAAAAUCUCGGAUCUCGCGGAGCGUAGAAGGAUACAGAACAGAAUUGCUCAGCGCAACUACCGCAAGAAGCUUAAGAGGCGUUUGGAAGAUCUCGAGAGGCGCGCGGCCACCUCAGACGAAACCUCGUCUGGUGGGGAGAAGCCGACCAAGGCCGCCAAGGGCAGCAAACAGCAACAGCAACAGCCACAGCAACCAGCAGCCAAGUCGCAGAAGCAGACUGCAGCAACCCCGCCAAAGCCGAUGCCAAUGCCGAUGCCGCAGAGCCAAUUCACGCCGCCCAUGCACAGUGACGACGAGUACCUCUUCCCGUCCGCUCCCUACGACGACCGGGAAGGGUCGCACACCCCGCCCCUCUUCGCAUAUUCCACAUAUCCGCCUCCCCCAGAAGACCUUCUCCUCCCUUCCUAUGGCGCCUCCCAGUCAUACCGGUCCAUGGUCACUGAAACAUACCCCGAUUAUCUCGCCGCGAGCGUCUCCGUGGCACUCCCGUCCAUGACCCACUUUAGCGAUGCCAUCAAACGCGAGCCGCCGAGCUUCCCCGCGGACGACUCGCUUUCCCCCUACAUGGACUACGGCAACUACAUGUCGGGGCUUGACAUUACCGCCGGAGCCCCCUCACCAUACGACCACUCGAAUCCUCAUACCCCCCCUCUGUCACACUCUUUCGACCACUCGGCGGACUGCUCAGACUCGGGAAGCCACGGGUACCCGGCGACGCCCCUAUCGAUGCCGGGUUCGCCCGGCAUGGUCCAACAGCAAAUGUGA